UGAGCGCCUGAAGAAAUGCCUUUAGUCAAUUCAACACUCACCAGAGAUUACUAAGAUGUUCGACAUGAUGAAGAGGUUUCUGAGAGCUGUCUGGAACUACCACAAUCUCCUCAUCAUCAUACUCACCCCUGUGCUACUGCUGCCUCUCCCACUGGUCAUCCAAGGAAAGGUGUCAGAAUGUGCGUUCGUACUGUGUGUCAUGGCAGUGUACUGGCUGACAGAAGCCCUGCCACUGGCAGCCACAGCUCUGUUCCCAGCCUUGCUCUUCCCUUUCUUUGGCAUCAUGAAGUCCUCUCAGGUGGCUGGGGAGUACUUCAAAGACUUCCACCUGCUGUUGAUCGGAGUCAUCUGUCUGGCAACGUCUAUAGAGAAGUGGGGUCUCCACCGGAGGAUUGCACUUAGUCUGGUCACUCUGGUCGGUGUCAAUCCUGGAUGGCUGAUGUUGGGCUUUAUGAACAGCUGUGCCUUCCUAUCCAUGUGGGUCCAAAACACAUCCGCCGUUGCCAUGGUGAUGCCCAUCGUUGAGGCGAUCAUUCAGCAAAUCUUGAAUGCAGAGGGAGAAGGUGAGCAGAGGCAACGAUCAAUGACAGGCACCAGCAACCUUGGCCUAGAACUGGAAGAGACUGAGGGACCGUGUGACAAAAAUGAAGAGCCAAUAAGAACAAAUAAGGAACCAGAUGAAAUGGAGUACACUAUUCCAGAGGAAGCACCCUCUCAGACCAAUGUGAUUGGGCAAAAGAUAGAGGGCCGCUACCGGAGUAAGAGAGAGCACAUGAUGUGCAAGGGGCUGUGCCUAAGCAUCACAUACUCUUCCUCUAUAGGAGGGAUUGCCACCCUUCCUGGGACCUCCCCCAACCUCAUCUUUUCAGAGUACAUCCAUCAGUUUUACCCAGAAUGCACCUCUGUAAACUUUGGAAACUGGAUCGUCUUGUGUCUGCCAAUCAGCAUCAUUGCUUUGCUGUUGUCAUGGAUAUGGCUGCACUGGAUGUUCAUCGGCUCAGACUUCAGGGUGCUGUUCCGUCCUAGUGGAGAGCGCUCUGAGAGAGAGACUGCAACAGCCAGAGUCAUAGAGGAGGACUACAACACGCUGGGUCCUACAAGUCCCCAGGAGGUUGUGACCGCGUUCAUCUUCAUCCUGAUGGUGGUGCUGUGGGUCUUCAGAGACCCUGGAUUUAUGCCAGGGUGGGCCUCAAUCUUCCUCCCUGAAUAUGCGGGCUACAUCAGUGAUGCCACCGUGGCCCUACUGCUGGGGCUCAUGUUCUUCAUCAUGCCAGCACACAAGCCUUCUGCAGAUAAACACGGUAUCAAAUAUGAGGCCAUGAUCUCAUGGAAAGAGUUCCAGGCCUGUAUGCCAUGGGAAGUCGCCCUACUUGUUGGUGGGGGCUUUGCACUUGCUGAGGGCACCCAGGUGUCUGGUCUGUCCUCCUGGGUGGCAAACUUGCUAUCUCCUCUGGGGAGCCUCCCCAUCAUAGCAACAGUCACCAUUGCCUGUGUCCUUGUCACCUCAGUCACAGAGCUGGCCAGCAAUGCAGCCACCAUCACCAUCUUCCUCCCUAUCCUUGCCCCUCUGGCCGAAGCUAUCCAUGUGAACCCACUCUACAUAUUGAUACCCACAACCCUCUGCACAUGCUUCGCCUUCCUGCUUCCUUCAUCCAACCCUUCCAAUGCCAUUGUGUUUGGCUACGGCCACCUCACCACCACGGACAUGGUGAAGGCGGGGAUUGGUGUGAAUGUAAUCAGUGUCCUUGCAGUAUUAUUGGCUGUGACAACAUGGGGGAUUCCACUGUUUGACCUGGAUACCUACCCUGAUUGGGCACCUACUCCAUCCACGUCAAACGUCACUGGAUGGUGAAAUCAGUCAGGACAACACUAAAUACGG